GCAAGAUGGCGCUACCCUUUUCGUGGUCGUUGCGCUUGUGCCGUUGGGGAGCUAAACCAUUGGGGCUUGCUGCCGCGGUAGCCCGGAGAGGCGUCAGUUUUAAAUUGGAAGAAAAAACCGCCCACAGCAGCCUGGCACUCUUCAGAGGUGACACAGGUGUCAAAUAUGGCUUAGUGGGAUUGGAACCCUCCAAGGUGGCCCUGAAUGUGGAGCGCUUCCGGGAGUGGGCAGUGGUGCUGGCAGACACAGCGGUCAUCAGUGGCAGACACUACUGGGAGGUGACGGUGAAGCGCUCCCAGCAGUUUCGGAUAGGAGUGGCAGAUGUGGACAUGUCCCGGGAUAGCUGCAUUGGUGUUGAUGAUCGUUCCUGGGUGUUUACCUAUGCCCACCGCAAAUGGCACACCAUGUUGGCCAACGAGAAAGCUCCAAUUGAGGGUAUUGGGCAGCCAGAGAAGGUGGGGCUGCUGCUGGAGUAUGAGGCCCAGAAACUGAGCCUGGUAGAUGUGAGCCAGGUUUCCGUGGUCCAGACACUACAGACAGAUUUCCGGGGUCCAGUGGUGCCUGCCUUUGCUCUUUGGGAUGGAGAGCUGCUGACCCACUCAGGGCUUGAGGUGCCAGAGGGCCUCUAGAAUGUCUGUUUUUGGAGUCCCUAAUCAUGCUCUUGGCCAGCCACCUAUUGAAAGUGUCUGAAGCCUAUUUACUUUGUCCCAAGCAACCUCUAGUUCCCACAAUUCAGUGUCAGGUCCUCUGUGCAAUAAAUCUUAGUCAUCUUCCUCUCUCCCAUACCCUGUAAAAGCUAGGCAUACAGCCAACCCUCAUCCUUCCAAAUUACUGCCAAUUUCCUCGGCUACCAUGGGUGUAUUUUUCCUGACUUGCUUCCUUCAGUCCCUCUGCCUCCCUAUGCCCAGGCCUUUCUCAGACUGUAUUCAGUCCUGGGUCUUAUCUUUCAGCCUUGUUUGAAUUUAUUCAUCACUGUGAUACCUUUCCAUCCAUUUACCCACAUGUACUUGUUUGUUCUUGGGGGUUCUACCAGAUCUCUCCAGAGUAAAUUCUACCUCUGGCUGGAGGAGUGGUGCAAUGACUUGGCCCUUUCUCUACAGCACAUACAGAGUCUGGGCUCUGGCUCCCUCAGAGCUUUAUUGAUUCAGUGUGUCAGAGGGAGAACAGGGCCCUCCUACCCCAGUACCUCAGUGCUACAGACCCUGAACCCCACUAGCAGCAACCUCAUCUACCUUAAUCUGUACAUCUCUGACACCAGCCAGUCAGUCAUAAUUAUUGUGCCAUUCAUAACCGUGACCAAAGGGGAAGAGACACUUGGGGGAUAGGAUAUCUAGAGGAUUAGAGCUAGAAAUGGUUAUUCUUGAGAAACUCCAUCUUCAUUUCUGCCACAGUUAGAACUUCCAGAGGAAGGAGGGGAAGACUGAGGUUUUGCGCAACCCAUUUUUGGGCCUGUUUAGACCCCCAUUCUCCUUGGCAGCAGAAUACACUUAACCUAAAGCAGUAUUUGGGAUUGAGGAAAACCUGGUGGGGUAAGUGAAUAUGUAUGUGAAAUAUGUAUUGUGUGGGUUCUGUCUGACCCUGUGGUUCUAUUUUAUUCUACCUUCUAUGAUGGUGAUGAAGAUGGAUACCCUUAGGGGAGAAAGAGGACUGGGUUUAGCAAAAAUAAUAAUUUGUGUAAUUAAAGUUUAUUUGAGCACAAAA